AACAACAUGCCAUUUCUAACGGCGCAAAGGUCUCUCCUUUCCUUUCUCCCCUCGCUGUUCCUCCCCCAACCCAAUCCGAUCACUGUCUCCGGAACACCCUAGCAAUGGAGCCCAAAUCCACCACCCCUCCCCCGCCUCCGGUCAUGGGCGCGCCCGUCGCGUACCCUCCGCCCCCCGGCGCCGCGUACCCCGCCGGGCCGUACGCGCACGCGCCGGCAGCCGCGCUGUACCCUCCUCCCCCGCCGCCGCCGGCUCCCCCAACCUCGCAGCAGGGCGCCGCGGCGGCGCAGCAGCUGCAGCUCUUCUGGGCGGAGCAGUACCGCGAGAUCGAGGCCACCACCGACUUCAAGAACCACAACCUGCCGCUGGCCCGCAUCAAGAAGAUCAUGAAGGCCGACGAGGACGUGCGCAUGAUCGCCGCCGAGGCGCCCGUCGUCUUCGCCCGCGCCUGCGAGAUGUUCAUCCUCGAGCUCACCCACCGCGGCUGGGCGCACGCCGAGGAGAACAAGCGCCGCACCCUGCAGAAGUCCGACAUCGCCGCCGCCGUCGCGCGCACCGAGGUCUUCGACUUCCUCGUCGACAUCGUGCCGCGGGACGAGGCCAAGGAAGCCGACUCCGCCGCCGCCAUGGGACCAGCCGGGAUCCCGCACCCCGCCGCCGGCCUGCCCGCCACCGACCCCAUGGGCUACUACUACGUCCAGCCGCAGUAACGAAUUUGGCUUCGCUUCCAUGGAGCCUCUGCGGUUUUUAUUUAGUAAAUUAAUUUAAUUACUACUGAGACUGCCCUGUUGUUACCCAUGUUCUCCUGUUGCCACCCAAUAACUCUAAGAUGGCGUGAUGAUGAUCAUCUGAUGUGCCCCCCUUUGAGUAACAAGUGAUUCCAUUUCACAUUUCAUUUCUGAUGAUCUGAGAGAGAUGACUGCUCGUAAUUAAGAGGGAGGCUGUGUGAUGCUGAUGGUUCAUGCCAUGCUUAACAGAUAAGGUUGCCUGUCGUAAUUAUUAAUCAUUGUGCUAGUACUGUUACCUUGUCCAAACUCCCAACUGCCGUGAAAUUACUCAUGUUCUUGUUACUUUGUCUUGAACCUAUAUUUGUGUAGUGUCAUGCUUUUUCUUUAGAUUUUUGUAGUAGGAUAGAAAAGCAAUUAUUUUCCAAUUGUAAUGCAGUGGGGGCUUUAUGUAAUCUCAAGCUUGUUAGUAGCACACAUAUUUGAUUAGUUUCCAAUUUCUCUGUAUUAUUCAGUCAUUUGUUUUUUUCCCCCAUGUCGUAUAAUCAUGUUCCUCCUUGGAAUAAUUUCAGGGACCUUAUGUUUGCUAAA